GCGUUAAAGGAUUAAACUAGGGAUGGCAAUGGGUUGGAUUUUGCCAAACCCAAACCCAUUGGUUUAUCCGUGAAAAAACCCGAGGUAGAACCCACUGGGUUUGAAAAACUCAAACCCAUCCAACCCGCUGGGUAUCCGCGGGUUCAUGGGUACCCACGGGUUUUGUCGUAAAACAUUUACAAUAACAAGUUUCUAUCAAAAUUCAAGUCAAAUAUAAAUCUCUCAAUACAAAUUUUUCAUAUAUAAAACACCAUUCUAGCAAAAUUCAAGCAAAUUAAAAAUUAACUAUACAAAUUGUUCAACAGCAAUCUAGAAAACUCCAGAAAAUUGAAGCAAAUCACAAAUUAUCCAUAAAUAACAUGAUUAAUUGAAAUCUUCUUUCUUUCAAUUAAGUUACUUCACUCUCCACUCGAUAACAUCAACUUCAUUCUACACAAUUAGAAAGAAAAAAAUUAGACAUGUCUCCACAAAUAUAAAUAAGAUUAGUUGUUUAGAAUAUAAAAUAUACCGAAAAAAUUAAUUAUAUGGAUGUGAGCGGGUACCCAUGGGGCGGGUUUAUCUAAACCCAAACUCUAUCCAACCCGGUAAAUAGUGAACGAGUUAAAACCCAAACCCAGCCCAAAACUCGUCAACACGGGUUUUACCCGCGUUGACCGGGUUGGAUCAGGUGGGUACCCAUGGAUUUGGGUUUUGUUGCCAUCCCCAGAUUAAACGUGUAUCGUGAUGACAAAAAUCUGAAUGCUUUCGCCAACUCAAACUAAGGGGUCGUUUGGAAGUUGAGAUUCUUCAAAUAUGUGUAUUUGAUGAAUACAUCUAUUGUCAAUACAAAGAUUGUAAGAAUUAGAUGAUUGGAAGAAUGUCUUGUUUGGUUGUAGCCAUUCAAAAAUUUUAAAUUAAAGCCAACAAUCUCAAUGGAAGAAUCUCACAUUUUUGUUGAGAUUUAAAAUGAGUGAUUGUGGGUGAUAAGAGAUUUGAUGGCCCACCUCAAAUGCAUGUAUUGAAUAAAGUUUUGGAACAAAAAAAUUAUUGAUUCUGCAGAAUUCAUGAAUUCAAAGAAUCAUUCAUCUAGAAUCAUAACUUUCAAACGACCCCUAAAUUACUGGUGAGUUAUCUUCCCUCUAAGAAGCCCAAUAAACAUUGGGCCGUCUGCCUUUUCUCCCGUCCAAAGUCGAGCUCUUGUUUAAUCGGGUCGGACUUUAUGUACUGUAGGCCCAUAAGGUGACUUGCUCGGCGAGUCAGGCUAGCUAAAGUCGGUGACUCCCCCAAAUCUUGCAAAGACGGUGACCGGUCUCCCGUUUCUCUUCCGUCCCUUUUCCGCCGGAAAUCUCUGAAUUAGAACCAGCGCUCGCCGUUCAGGUUUCUCCUCAGAUUGUUGAAGCUACUCCGUUCGUCGAGGGAAAAGGGUUCCUGAAUUUCUUCUUCGAGAAUAUGGCGACUGCUGCAGUCGAGACGAAGCAACCGGAUUCCUUAAUGGGAGAUCAGAUUUGCUCCGCCGCGAAAGGGGCGACUAGGCAGGGAGAAGGGCUCAAGCAAUACUACCAGCAGCACAUCCACGAGCUCCAGCUCCAGGUCCGACAGAAGGGUCACAAUCUUAAUCGUCUCGAAGCUCAGCGGAAUGAGCUCAAUUCCAGGGUGAGGAUGCUUAGAGAAGAGCUGCAGCUGCUUCAGGAGCCUGGGUCUUACGUUGGUGAAGUUGUCAAAGUUAUGGGCAAAAAUAAGGUUUUGGUGAAGGUUCAUCCAGAAGGGAAGUAUGUUGUUGAUAUUGACAAGAGCAUUGACAUAACCAAGAUCACUCCAUCGACUAGGGUGGCUCUUCGUAAUGAUAGCUAUGUUCUUCACCUAGUCUUGCCGAGCAAAGUAGACCCCCUCGUCAAUCUUAUGAAGGUUGAAAAGGUUCCAGAUUCAACUUAUGAUAUGAUUGGUGGCCUUGACCAACAAAUCAAAGAGAUGAAGGAGGUCAUUGAACUUCCUAUCAAACAUCCUGAGUUGUUUGAGAGUCUUGGAAUUGCUCAACCAAAGGGUGUCUUGCUGUAUGGGCCACCUGGAACUGGGAAAACACUGUUGGCCAGGGCUGUGGCCCAUCAUACCGACUGCACUUUCAUUAGGGUCUCAGGCUCUGAAUUAGUACAGAAGUACAUUGGUGAAGGCUCCAGAAUGGUUAGGGAACUUUUUGUUAUGGCAAGGGAGCAUGCACCAUCCAUCAUCUUCAUGGAUGAGAUUGAUAGCAUUGGGUCAGCUCGAAUGGAAUCUGGAAGUGGCAAUGGUGAUAGUGAGGUGCAGCGAACUAUGCUGGAGCUUCUCAAUCAGCUUGAUGGAUUUGAAGCAUCAAACAAGAUCAAGGUUUUGAUGGCCACAAAUCGUAUUGAUAUUCUUGAUCAAGCUCUGCUUAGGCCUGGCCGUAUUGACAGAAAGAUCGAGUUCCCUAAUCCCAAUGAAGAUUCCCGUUGGGAUAUCCUGAAGAUCCAUUCAAGGAGAAUGAAUCUGAUGCGUGGGAUUGACUUGAAGAAGAUAGCAGAAAAGAUGAAUGGGGCGUCUGGUGCAGAGCUCAAGGCUGUGUGCACGGAGGCAGGAAUGUUUGCACUUAGAGAGAGGAGGGUGCACGUAACACAGGAAGAUUUCGAGAUGGCAGUUGCAAAGGUCAUGAAGAAGGAGACGGAGAAGAACAUGUCAUUGAGGAAGCUAUGGAAGUAAAUGGAGAGCAUGAUGUUGGUUUAUUUCGUGUGUUCUUCAAGAACCAUUGCUUUGGGGAUUGGAGGAAAGAACCCAGAGGGAACAAAUGGCAUGUGUAUUCCUCUCUUUUGUUUGUAUCCUUGGUUCACCCACGAGGGGUUGUGCUAAAUUAGGACAAUGUCGUUCUUGUUGCUUGAAGAACAAGUUCGUUGCUCAUCCUCAUGCACGUUUGCAGCGGCUGUAUUUAAUUUUUAAACGGAAGAUACAAAAGGAACUUGGUUAAGUUUUUGUCAAACUGUAUAACCAAAAUGGAAGAGAAAUAGAGUUCACAAGAUGCAAAAGUAAAUAACUGACAGCGCCUGAAGCAAAAGAACUCAGAUUUGGAGACUACAGAAGCUAAGUAAUCAUCAUUUAUAAACGAGCUUGGUGUCCGACCCGUUGGUCGGAAUGUCAUUUUAAUACAACGUAUUUAUGAUAUGUAUCUAAAUUUAUUAAAUUAUUUAAGAUUCUAAAUUUUUUAUGACAUUAAGCUAGCAUCGAAAUUAUGUUUUCAUUUUUUUAAGUCUUAUAACUUUUCAUCAAUGAUGAACACUGCAAUCUGAAUGAUGAUAUUUAUAACCAAACUUGUUAAAUUGAUUUAAGUUGUUGAGCCAGUCAAGUAAGUUGUUUGAAGUUUAAUGAUUUGAUUGAGUCCAACUUGUUUGAGUCGUUUUACACUUUUUCUAUAUAUAUAUAUAUGGUGGCUACUUCGGUGCACUCACUUUUUUGGGUGCACUGAAUCUAAAAGUGUCCAUAAUACAUCAAAUUUUGAACUUUAAUUAGUACUCCCAAUCUAAUAUGAUGAUAUGAUAUAGAAUCAUAACAAAUCAAUCUAUUACCCUAACCCCUUAACUUUCAAUUUUGAAUCCCAACUCAAAAUCCCAAAUUGUAAACCUAAACCCUAACCCUAAAUCCCUAAAUCCUAAAUCCUUUGAAUUAAAGUAAAUUGUGAAUGGAUUAUUUUCAAAUUCAUGUGCUUCUUGUUCAUAAUAUCAUAAGCAACAAUUGAUACCAUUUUGACAUGAAUCGCAUGCUCAGAAUGACAAUUAUGAGGCGGGUGCACUGAGUGCACCCGAAAAAGUGGGUGCACCGAAUACUCCACCAUAUAUAUACAUAUACAUACAUAUAUAUAUGUAUGUAUGUAUGUAUGAUGGCGUCUUCGAUGCACUUACUUUUUUGGGUGCAUUCAGUGCAUUCACUACAUAACCGUCAUUUUAAACAAUAACGCACAUGAAUUUGCACAAAAAUUAUUAAAGAUUUACUUUAAUUUGAAGGAUUUAGAGUUUAGAGAUUUAGGGUUAGGGUUUACAGUUUGGGGUUCAGGGCUAGGGCUAGAACUUAAAAUUGGAGUUCUAGGGCUUAGGGUAAUCGGCUAAUUAGUUGUUAUCAUAUGUUAUAUCGUCAUAUUACACUAAUUCUACAAAUUAAAAUUCAAAAUCCGGCACCUUAAGACCAGAUUUUGAGUAGGGUGCAUUGAACGCACUCAUUUUUGUGAGUGCACCGAAGUAGUCACCAUAUAUAUAUAAGACAAUAAAAAAUUAAAUGAUUAAAAUGGAAUGUACCUGGCUUAUAUCUAUUAAAUUUAUAUUCCAUAAAAAACUACCUAUCUCGGUACGACAGUACCCAUCCACCAUUCUCUUCCCUCUCUCCCCCUCCCCUCUUCCAACAAUCUGACCGCUGGCUUUGUGAAAACCAUUUUAGAGCACGACUUUGGUCGGACCUGGUAUAACCGAUGGGCCAGUAGAGGUUUAACAACCUUGGUUAUAACACUCAUGAAUAAUUAUGCAUGACUUGUCUAUUUGAUAAUUUAUUCAAUUAGUUGCUUAUGGUUGAAAAAAUUGACAUAACAAAAAAAGAGUUUGUCU